AUGUCAUACUUUCUAAGAAAUUUUGAUCUUUUGAACGAAUCACGUGCGAGCAUUACGUCACCAAAUGUUUCAUUGCAUUCAUCAAAAGAAAAUUAUUUUGUACAUCCAAAGGGGACAUCAUGUCAGUAUGCGCAACUGUUGAAAUAUUGCGCCAAACUUCCACAGCGUGGUCACAUUCUACGCUUUCCAACUGCUCGUCGACGAUCGAUUUAUACAUCUACGGAUUUUGAUACUGAGGCAGGAUGGGAAGGUGAUCGUUUUCGAGUAAUGAUUGUAGGAGAGGAAAGGAGAGGUACCGAUGGAACAGAUCAUGGAUUUAGGACAGCUUCGCUAGAUUUGGCACCUCAUUUAGAAAUCCUUGCAGCUCCGUCAACUUUCGGAGUUGUUGCUAUUGCUAGAGCUAUCAUUCUGAAAUAUACUCCAUUUUUAAAAGUAACUCUUUCAUCAUUUGACGAUAACAGAAUCGAUUCUCAAACUGUCGUAGAAGUGGAAUGCAACAAUGAUGAAUUGGGAAAGAUUCGAAGUGGCGGAAAUGAAUUAGUGCUAAUGGGACUGAAAUGUAUGUUUUCGGUAUUAUUUGAGUUGAACCGACGUGAAUCAGAACUUUGUUCCGAAGCUCUUACUUCUUUGCUUCAUUUAUUGGAGCAUGUGACAAGUGACACAUUAGUGAAUGAAAGUUACUGCUCAGUGCAGAGUAUGUUUAAUAUGCUCUGUCAAUUAGCAAUGGAAGGUGGUGCCGAAGUGUCAGCGAAAGCAGUAUCGUGUAUGAUAGCUUUAGCAAUUGCUUAUGGUGCACCAGAAUUUAUACUUUCAUCAGUAGCCACUCUAUUUUGUGAUAAGCUCAAUAAAUUAUCAGUUGAUGUAACUUUAUUGGUUGAGGUACCCAAAAAUCAUCAGAAAUUAGCAAAUUUGGUGCGACGGAUUCUGCUUCGCAAUAGUAAUGUGCCAGGAUGUAGCGGUGACUGGUGGUCGCACUGUUUGAUGGAACAUGCGAUGUUGUCAUCCUUCGAUGUGCGAAUACCGGAUAGUGUCCUUCCAGAUACUCCGGAUGAUCGUCGACUGACCGGAGCAAUUGCUUCUGACGGAGAAUAUGUAUAUGUUCUUGCUUGUUAUGGUUUAUUCAAGUAUGGUACAGGCUUGGCGGAAACAAUCGAAGGCAAAUUAUAUGCUUCUAAUAAUAAUUUAAAGGCAAACAAAGGUUCUUGGUUGGCAAUAUGCAAUGGUGCUUUAUACCUUCGGAGACGUCAGUCAUCUCGAAUGUGGGUUAUUGACGUCGAUACUCUCCGUGAAAUAGGAGAAAUUAUGCUACAUACAAGUGUCACAUCAGGUACUAUUUUCACCGAUGGUACAACUUUCUUCCAAGCUGCUGUAGAUGAACAAUGGACAUUAACGGUUACUCCACUGGAUGAUUCAUUCACUCCAAGUCAAGAUUUGCGACAAAAUCAAAAAUUCCGCCUUGCCGAAUUAAAUUAUAUCGCUGUUGGUGAAACAUACCCAAUACCACAUGAAUUACCUCUCACUCUUCCUAAAUCUCUGCAAGCACAGGCAUCAGAUUUACAAAUGAAUCGAGAAAUGGCUUUGCUGUUAGCAAGAAAUGGUAAAGUUUAUUACGCUGGCGAUGGCACACGUUUAGGUUUACAGAAUGUUGGUUGCAACUGGAUGAAGCUAGUAUUACCAGAAUCAAUAGUUUCAAUAGCGGUUGGUUUUGAUACGGAAACAAUUGUAUUACGUUCCGGAGCCGGACAUUUAUGGAUUGCUGGUGUAGGGCCGGAUACGAUACGCCAAGGUAGUCCGACUGCUGGUCGUUUUCAGAAACAGGAAGCAGGUUCAGUGGCUGUUAAGUUAAGAAAAUUUCAAAAUUUAAACAGACGGCGCUGCUUGUCAGUGGCGGUAUCAGCCGGAUGUAUAGCAUACGUAGUGGAUAACGGAAAAGCAUACGUUUGUGGCCGGCACACAAUGCAAUGCCAUCCGGAAACCGGGCAUAUUUAUGGCUUGGAAAAUGUUCAUUUGGCAUCAAUAGCUCUUGGCAAGACCCAUGCUGUUGCUAUUUCACGCCAUGGUCACCUGUAUACCUGGGGCCUGAAUAAUCUUAAUCAAUGCGGUAGAAUCGAGUCUGCAAGCAGUUACAUGCAUCAAGAAGUUGCUACUGAAACUGAAAAUGAAAUGUGUAAGACAGCAAUGACCGAAGGAGUAGAACAAAGUUCAUAUUGCCUUCCAAGCGAACAUCUUUGGGUCAAAGAUUUUGCUUCUAUCUGUUUGAAAUGUGGCAGAUGUUCGGCACGUGGAAGUCGAUGUGCACCUAUAAGAACCGAACGUGAUACGAAAGGAACGCCAUGUACGUGUGGAGAAGGCGAAACGUGUUGUCUAAGGUGUGGUUUAUGUCGUGCAUGCGGUGAAUUCGUGGUUGACACUUUCGAUCAGGACAUACGGACAACACCGCCAAGAGCAGCACUUCCUCCCUCUCGUCUAAUUCUUCAGAGAGAUAGUCCCGAAAUCAAGGUUUCAUCCGUAUGUUGUGGCAAUUAUCACACCGUUGUAUUAGCUGCUGAUCGACAAGUUUUCACUUUUGGUUCAAAUUGUCAUGGACAGCUAGGUGUUGGUCAUAUAAGGAAAUGUAUUGGUCCACACAAGGUGAAUUUACCAGGUAAAGUGCAAGUAGUUCAAAUUGCUGCUGGUUCAAAUCAUACGGUGCUAAGGACAGCUGAUGGAUCUGUUAUCACAUUUGGUGCUCAUAGACAGGGUCAACUUGCAAGAGAAGGAAAUGAAAAAAACUGGUUUGCGAUGCCAUCGUUUGUGGCAGGUUAUGGUCGUGGAAGUGGUACCGUUGCAACCUGGAUUGGUGCCUCUGGUGAUACUACUCUAAUUCACAGCCAAAUACGCAUUUACAGCAAUGAUAUCAUUUCAGAUUGUCAGAUAGUCGCAGACAGUGAAACCAUAAUAAUAUUUCCGAACCAAAUUGGCAAGAAUUAUAUGGCAAUUCGACGCAAAUAUAAUACUUUUUGCCAGUAUUCAUUGGGUACUGAUGGUCUCUACACUAAUUGGUGCUUGGAAUCGAAAUAUAAUUUAUUGUGGGCAUUUAAUACAGCUGAAAUGCGUAUUAAAUCAAUCACCGAUUGUAUUCCAAUUUCUGGUAAAAAAAUUGAAGCAGAUACUGUCUUUGAUGAAACGUUGGAAGAAAUCGUCAAAGAAAUUCAAUUUCUUCGUGCACCCGAAUUUCUGAUUCCGGUACGGAACGAAACAAGUUUGUCUAGCAAACACGUCGCUUUGAAUCUUUUUGGAAUUACUUACGCUGCAACGAUACUGGAAAGCAGACGAGCAGUUGGACAGAAGGAUAAUCAAUUUGCUACGCAUUCGAAAGCAUCAAAUAUAAUUGGUGCGGUAAAUGGACGAAACUUAUCAUGUGGUUAUCAACAUGUCAAUCGUUUUGAUGGAUAUGGUGGUGGUUGGGGAUAUUCGGCUCAUUCCGUGGAAGCAAUCCAAUUUCGUACUUCACGUGAUAUUCGAUUUUUCGGUGUUGGAUUAUACGGCGGACGUGGCGAAUACAUUGCGAAAUUAAAACUUUAUCGUCUUUGUCCGCCAGACUAUAAUGAACAGAACGUUGAGUUACUCAGUGAAUCUGACGAAAUGCUUUACGAAUGCGCCGCACACGAGAAGGCGCAGUUAUUGUUUUCUCGUUGUGUCUUAAUCAAAUCAAAUUUAUGGCACGUCAUUUGUGCACAAAUUAAUGGUCCAAGUUCUGAUUGUGGCUCUAAUGGACAGUCUAAUGUCAUUGGCGAUGAUGGCGUGCAGUUCUUUUUUCGUAAUUCACGUAUGUCCAACAACGGAACCGAUGUAAAUGUUGGUCAGAUUCCAGAAUUUUUAUAUGUUUCGGAAACAUCUGAAGGACAAUCACCUAAUUUUGAUGUGAAAGAUAAAACAAUGGAUAUCUCCUGUGAUUGUAUUUCGUGUGCCAUAAGUUCACAUCAUCUGUUAGAGGUUUCGACACUUACCAUUGAAUCAUUGUUUCGUCUGCUUGAUUGGUCUAUUCAAAAAGCUUUAGUAGAAAUAUUCAAUGAAGAUAAGUCAUGGUACCAAGAAUGUAAUAUGAUUAUUGUCAUCUUGUCCUUAAGGUUUUUGCGAUUUUACAUUUGCUCACUUUAUCUGCCAUCCAAGAGUGGAAAACAGAUAAAUAAAAAAGAGCCAUCAAGUGGUAUUGCUGAACAAAUGGUGCGAUUCGCAUCUAUAAUUGGUUCAAUUUUUGAAAUUGCAAACAACCAACACAGUGAUAGUACAGCUUAUUCGAUACUACUGGAAGAAGCAGUCAGUUGUGCAGUGCAAUGUUCACAUGUCUUAUACCCGAGUUCAGCAAUUUUUCUCGACCGACUUUCCUUCUUAAUGUCAGCGCCAAAUCGUGAAUGGUCAUUAAUUGCAUUAUUAAGUGCACUAUUAAAUCAGGAAUAUGUUUUACCAACUUUGCUUGGUUCUGAACGUAGCUUUGCACAGUUUCCAAUUUUGCUUACCAAAAUGAACGAACAGAUGGGUAAAAAACGAAUAUCAGCAAAUCAAUACCGUCUUGUUUCUUUGCAAAAUGUAUUUCGAUUUCUCUUUGAAAUGGCUUUUACGUCAGCAACGUCAGUUCAGAAUGAGAGCCGACUACGUCUUAGAACUGUUGCACAUUCACUAAUUAUUGCAAUUGCUCGAGAAUUGGUGACAUCUAAAGAUACUAUCGGUGAUGGCCCACCAAUCUUGCAAACGCCAAACAGGUUUCGUCGUACUGCAGCACAUGCAAGUUGGGAUGUAAGCAAUGGUGCAUGCGAUGCAAUUGCAUUAAGUGUAGAUGUAACUGGUAUUACUUUACAUGGAGUUGGUGUAUACUGUGCUCACCACGACCAGGAACAGAGCUUUGUAUGCGAGGUACUAUUAAAUGGUGGUGAUGCAGCACAUGAACAAUGGAAUGUACUGGAAAAAGUUGUUGGCACUUUAGCGAAUAAAUUUGAGCCUUGUCAGCGAGAAGUUUGCUUGUUACGAUUAACCAAAGUUAUCAAACUGCAGCCUGGUUGUACCUAUGCUAUCAGACUACAGAUUAAUGGUGGCAAAACAUUUUGUGGUGAAGGCGGAAUUGGAACUGUUCGAUUAUGUAACGGAAGUCGGAUGCAUUUUGAGUCCUGUAAUCUAAGCCUGAACGGAACUUCCUUGUCUCGUGGCCAAAUACCGUUUGUUCUCUAUUCUAUACAAGACGAUGAAAGUGAUGUUAUUCAACAGUUAGCUAAUCCAGAACAGUUGGCCAAUUGGUUCUUAUUGCUAAUUCGCAUGCUAUCAUCUAAAAUAUCAGAUUUAAUUGCAGCCGGAAAUCUUUUAUCUCAGGAACAGUCUUUUUGUUCAAGUAUUGCAGGUUACAUAAUGGUAUUUCUGGAAGCUAAUCCACAACGUGCACUGGAUGUAGUUGCAGUGUUGGAUGAUCUGCUACCGAUGGUUUCAUCAGCAAAUGGUGAACGACUUGCUGAGGAACGAGAGCGUCUGCUUAUGAAAUCGUCGCAUCACAACAACGCCUAUUCACGCAGUUUGCAAACAGUUAUUGAAUCAGCACAUCCGUAUUCAUCUUGUGGGAUACAGUCGCAGAUUGUCGACUUCGGCAAAGAAGUCCAGUUCAUGACAGUGCAAUUCAGUGAGGAAUGCUGUACCGGUCAGGCAGAUGAUAUUUUAUGGAUUUAUGCAAAAGUUGGUACCGAAUGUUAUGUACCUAUUGGAAGGUACUACGGUGAUCGUAAUUGGCCUGAUCGUAUGCUGUUGAUUCCGGGUUCCAAUUUAUGGUUCAUAAUGGAAUCGGCAUAUUAUUCAAGUGAUAAACCUAUUGAGCAAAUUUAUGGUUACCGAUGUACAGUUACAGGAUAUCGAUAUUCAGAAAAAGAUUCUGAUAUGAUUUUGGAAGAAGAAUUGACUUGGAUUUGUGCUAGUGCAUGCAGAUUACUUGUCCAGAUUCCGUCCGUCAAAACCGUGAUAGCAGCAGUAACGAUGGUCGAGGAUGAAAUUGAUGAUAUUGUCCGUAAACAUGGCACAUUACUUCGGAAGGGAUUAAAUCUUUCCCAUCUUCCAACAGUUAAUGAAGUUCUGAAGCGUAACUUGCCAACUCCUUUACAAACUUCAGAUCUGAAAUUCUUAAAAGAGUUUAUCACUGCUUCUGCAAAUACUGUGGCUGGUUUCCUGGCACGAUGGUUGAUGAAUGAACCAGUUGUAGAUCUUCAUUCCAGUCAACUGCAAAUGUCUGAUGAGGAAACACGACUUAGAAUUCCCACUCAGGUAAAGCUGAUUCCUAGAGAUCAAUACGGUCGUCUUGUGAUUUGCCCAAAUAUGAAGGUUGAAAUCACAGUUCGUACCGAUGUGGCAUCAGACAAUAGUAAUUCGAACUUUUAUGGAACUGUAACUCAUAAUCACUCAGUUGUAAAUCUUCCUCAACCACAGUCCAUCAAGGAGCCAUAUCGUCCAGUUUUCGUGAACAAAACACGAUAUGUUUCGAUCACGGCAAUGACUGCUUAUCAGGAUUAUUGCUUUGAGGAGUUACGUCUUGGUUGUUACAAAGAUGCGAUCAUGAAAGAGCAACUUACUGUAAGUCAACAAGUUGAUGGCAGUUUUUUGGCCAACUGGACACCCAAACAUGGUGGCACAUAUCGAAUCGAAUGCCGUUUAGAUGGAUUUCAAUUGGCUCAGAGCUAUUUGGUUGAGGUACGGGACAAUAAUAUAUUUAGUGGUUCAAUGUCUUCAAAAGAUGACAGUAAAAAUCGUUUGAAUCGAAGAGUAGCUCAUUUUAGCAGGACACGUUUUGCUUUAUGUGACCAAAAGCUGAUGAUGAAAGGUGUACGAAUCCGUGCUUCGCCAGCGUUGAAUUCCUCACAAAUUGGUGUCAUACCUCGCGGUACUACUGUUUCUUAUAUUGAAGAAGUAGAAAACGCUGAUGGUAUCUGGUUGAGACUUACCGAUGAAGCUUGUGCGAUAUACUGUGAUGCACAAUUACCUUCGCAGGGUUGGUGCUUACAAUAUAGUAACCAUCUAGGACGUUCAUUCUUAUUGCUACAAUCCGAUUCUACGGAGGAUUUUAUUCAUGAUUCUAAUUUAUUAAGUACCACCAUCCAAUUACCACAGAAUGGAGGAACAAAUAAUGAGCAGUAUCUUGAGCAAUCGUUGCAACUUGAUGUUGAACAGAUCUAUGCAGCAUGUGAUUCGCUCCCAGUCUCGAUUUACAAUUAUCCAUCAGUAGAUGCUAUUUGUGGUGAUGUUAUUAGCAAUGCAGAAACCGGUGAAAUAAGGUCGUCCGGUUGGAUUCAUAAUAAGCAGGGAAUAUGGAUACGAUUAUCCGGCUUCGAUCAAAAAUAUGCUUUUGUGCAGGAUUUGGCUGGUAAUCGAUAUUUACAAAAAAUAAGUGACAUUACACAACGCUGUACCAAUGGAAAUGUUGAAGGUUCACCGACGGGUCAAAAACCAAUAGCGCAAAUUUACCCGCGAUCAAGGAGUGAUCAGUUGAUGCAAGCAUUAAAGCCUUCAAUUGCUGACUGUUGUCGAACAGUAUUCGCUGCAUUUCUGUGGCAUGAACGAUUGGUGAAGGAUGCAAUGGUAUGCAGUACGUACCUUAAAUUUCAUCCGGAAUUGCAUUCUAUAACUUUCGGUCAAAAUCGGAUGGAACUAAUCAUGACUACACCGAUGCAUUCGCUUUUCAGCAUUUGGCAAGAAAUUAAUGCGGCAGUACAGACCAGUAUUGAACAACGUUCAGUACUUUUGUGUCCAGUGACCCCACGUCAGUUCGAUGUGAAACCAAUAAGUGUGAAUAUUGGCGCCUCUCGUCAAGGAUCAUCGUCAACUCAACGAAAGGAUUUAUGUGAACUCUGUGAAGAGUGGCAUGCAGCACCAGUGACCACUCAUAUGCGUAUGGCACAUCCUGGAUGUAGCAAAUAUUCCGGUGGUCAAGGAUAUAACAGUUCUGGUAAAUAUACAAGUGGUUGGUCAGGAAAUUGUGGUGAUGGUGGACGACCAACUGCUGUUUGGUAUUUGAUGUGUGCUACAUGCCGAUCAAAAUAUUUGUUGCAGACUCCAUCUGGACAUCAACAGGAGCGAACUCGUCGAUGGCGUGAAUUUUGCGCCUCCUCAGCUGUCGCAGAAAUGUCUCCAGAAGCAGUAAUCAAGCAAAAUGCAAUGUUUCUUAUGGAGUUAAAUGCAUGUUUGGAUGAUGAUAGCAAGGAUACGUCAAGAGCGACAUCUGGCUGGACAAUAAAUCUUUUCCCACAAUCAUCCAUGGUGACACCACCUGUCACUUCAACAUGUAUACAAACGGAUGUUGGAAUAGUAUCACAACCACAAUUAUCAAAUGGAGGUGGAAAUGGUUGUCACCUACGAAAAUUAUCAUAUGCCAGUGACCCAGGACCAAAGCACAGUUGUGUUACUACUCAUUCCGCUCUUUCAAACUACAAUCCAUUGUAUUCGACGAGACGGCUUGGUUCUUCACCGCUAACAAAUGCUUCCAACCAAAAUGGAAUGGUUAAUUCGAUACGUCGGAAGAUGUUAGAAGGAUACGAAAGGCGGCAGUCAGCUGAAAUUGUUCAAAGUCCAUCUGUAGCAUUGAAAUCACUGUUGGUUGAACAGAACAAUAUAUCUGGUAGCGCAAAUGUAAACGUAUCACUUCGUCGGCCAGUACUUACUUUUGUAAUGGAACGGCAUAACUUGGCUCGUAUACGGGAAGCAAUGGCAACUGCUGUGGCUCGUGCUACAUUUUUUGCACAUUCAUUCCGUGUUUGGAAUUGGCUCUUGAAGAUGGUUUCAACUGAAUCUAGUGUGGCAGAUAUUCUUUGGCAAUAUUUGACAGCAUUAAACUCAUACGUACCAUUAUGUCGAUGGCGUAAAAAUCAUUUACGUUUAGCAACAAACUUACGUCUCUUACCACAUCCGUGGCGUGUUUGCUAUUUAGCUGGUCCAGUUGCUAAUAAAAUGGUUCAACAACUACAUUCUUUCUUGCAUACGGUUGCCGUUAUCGUACAAUCAAAUGGUGUUAAUACUAACUUACGCUGCUUAUGCUUCCGGGUGUGGACCUUUCAGUUAACGGUUCAUGAACAGGAUUUGCUUUCUCUUAUAUGCGAUGUAUUAGCAAGUGUCGGUAACGUGUUGGCUGAUUCAUCUGAAGAUCAUUCGUGGAAUCUGGACGAUGGCGAACGGAAGACAGAUUAUCGUUCACUUCAAGAGCAGAAAUUAUUGUUGUCUAGAAAGCGUAAGAUUCAAUUGCAAGCAGAUGUGAAGCAAAUGGAAGAUAUUACUGGUAUUUUGAGUUAUGAAGCAUCAAGUCGUCAAGCAAUGAUUGCAUGUUUAACGGAUGGGAAUAGUGAAACUUUCUGGGAAACUGGUGAAGAGGAUAAAAAUCGACCACGCUACGUGACAGUACACUGUGAUAUCCGAAGCUAUAAGGCAACGCUACUCACUGUUUACGUGGAUAAUAUUCGUGAUGAGGGUUAUCGAACGUGUUCUGUUACUGUUGUUACUGCGGAAAGUGAUGGAAGCCGUCGAAAGAUUCAUUCCGAGUGUCUCGAUCACCAAUUUAUUGGCUGGAUAAAAUGCUGCAUUUUUGGACUGAGCAGUAUUCAAGUGAUAUUUCGUGGUAACGAUCCCUCCUUACGUAUACGUCAGCUUCGAGUUUUUGGUACUAGCACUGCAUUGGAUGUGCUUAGUACUCAGUCCUUUACUAAUCGGAGUUUUCUGAAGCCUUCACCAUCACAUCAGCUAUUGUUUAAUGCUAAUCAGGAUGAUGCAUUUGCAGUUUUCCAAGCUAUUGCUGCUCAAGCAUUUAGUGACGAAUUUUCACAGGAAGAAAAUGGCACAUUACGACAACAAGUACUUGAUCUGCUAUUUAGUCGUAUACAAUUACAACCACUUCAGACAUUUGUUUGUUCUCAUAUGAUCAGUGCUUUGGAAAGGGAAGUAUCGUCAUUGCGUGAGAAAGCAAAGCGCAAUUAUUCGUACGUUUGCGGUUUGAUGGAAAUGUUACUGAAGAUUUGCAGUUCACGUCAAGGCCUGGAAGUAUUUGGUGUCAAAAAUAGGAUUCUCAUUAUCCUUUCUGAGCUUUUGUUAUUUGCUCCUCAGGUAGUACAAUGUCAAGUAUUGGAGACAAUUGAGUGCCUAUCCAAGUUAUUCACGCCAUCCGCAGUCGAUUGCGUGAAUUUUACACGGAAUUUAUUAAUAUUGAUAACAAAAGUGAUAACACUGCAAAUACGUGAUAAAAUGACACGGUCACUAACUUCGGCUUGUUUAGCUACUCAUGUGACAAGUGCACCGAUGUAUUGGCGAAUAGAUCGAGCAGUUAGCACUGAUAUUGCUUAUCUUGCAAAACAACUAUUGAAAAAUUUGAGUGAAGGACUGCUAAAUGAAUACUGGACAGUUCCUGUGCGUACAGAAAUUGCAAAUGAAAUUAUGAAUUUAACCUCUUUGAAUAUCACUCAUUCAUACGACAGCGAUAACUCCGGAAAAAUAGCAACAGAUGGAAAAGACGAAAGUGCGUCAGGGCAGGCAAAUAGUUCGGAUUUUUCCGAAUUCAUUAAUACUGGUAAUUCUCGAUCAAAGAUGCUAAAGAAUGGAAAAUUUUGGCUUGCCGUAGCUGCACUAUCUUUGUUGAAAGAGAGCCAAUGGCUAGAAUUGUCAUCAGUAUGGCAAAGUCUACAGAAUAACAAAGAAAGUUUAACGAGAAUGUUGUGUGAUAAUCACGAUGAUGGUCGAACUUUAGCUAAUGUGUACUGUGAAACUUGUCAAUGUUCGUUAUGUCGAGAAUGCUUCUCUGUGCUUCAUUUAAAUAAACGAAAUCGUAGUCAUGCUGUGCAACAUCUUGGUGACACAAAUGAUCGUCCACAAGUUGAAGUACAUGAAGGUUCCACUCGAUUACGUUUACCACAUGUUUUGAUACUGUUUAAUCCAACUACUCUGAACGGAAUGGUAGAAUUUAAUCAAAGCAUUAUCCGUGAAAAUAUACCUUCCGUGCCUUAUCAUCGAAUUUCUGAAAUGUCAAAUCUUGCUGAAACACGUGAUAACUCUACUUGCCGUUUCUGUAAUGCUCCAUUGUGUCCAGAUCAGAUCGAUGGUUUGUGUAAUCACGAAGAGUGUCGUCACUUUGCAACGUUUGCUUGUCAACAGCAACUUCCAUGUGGUCAUAUCUGUGGUGGUAUACGUGAUGAAGAAGUAUGCUUGCCGUGUAUUCAAUGCAGGAAGCCAGAUACAAAACAAGACGCAGAUGAUUUAUGCGUGAUAUGUUUCACGGAUCGUUUGGGUGGUGCACCGUGUAUUCAGCUAGCUUGUCAUCAUAUCUUCCAUUAUCGUUGUGUACGAACCGUACUCGAGAAACGUUGGAAUGGUCCAAGGAUUGUCUUCCGCUUUAUGCAAUGCCCAUUAUGCAAGGAACAAAUUGAUCAUCCAUCGGUAGCAGAUUUGUUGCUCCCACUGAAAGAUUUGUAUAAUGAAGUAUUGAGUAAGGCACGUUUGAGACUCGAAUAUGAUGGCUUUUUGCAGUCUCCUGCGACUAUCUCUGAGAGCAGUGAGCUUCACAUGAAUCUGGAUGAAUAUGCAAUGGAGCGGUACAUGUAUGUUCUAUGUUUUAAGUGUGGGAAGGCCUAUUUUGGUGGCGAAAGUCGUUGUCAACAGGAACUGGAUAAUUCACAGUAUAAUCCUGAGGAAUUGAUUUGUGGUGGUUGUUCAGAUGUGGUAGGUGCUCAGGUCUGUGGACGUCAUGGAAUAGACUUUCUCGAAUUUAAGUGUCGUUUUUGUUGCUCAGUCGCUGUUUAUUUUUGCUUUGGUACCACACAUUUUUGUACAGCAUGUCAUGAUGAUUUCCAACGAUUGGUAUGUUUGCCGAAAAAACUUUUACCGAAAUGUCCAGUUGGUCCGAAAUGUGUACAACUAGAUGGAAGUGAAUGUCCUUUAAGGGUAAAACACCCACCAACAGGUGAAGAAUUUCCGCUUGGUUGCGGCAUAUGCCGAAAUAUCAAUACGUUUUGA